ACAACCAAGCAUGUGGGCGACACAAGGGAGUAGAGACGGUGAAUCGUGGCAUCAUUACAACCAUAUUUUAUGGUUUCUCUUCCCAUUUCAAGAUGCAAGGUCAGUUCUUACGGAGAAAUGUUGGCAAUUGAAGACCUGAAAUAACAGCACCAAUGGCAAUUGAUGGAUCUGAAACUCUUCUUAGAAACAUCAACAAAUUUGUGGGGGUUUGGCGCCGGAUUGAGACUCAAGUUCAGUUCAGUGGACGAGAGAAGCGAAGAGAUGAGGACUGAAUAAGAUGAAGUAUAUUGUUGAGGGUACUGUUAUAUAUAAGAUGGAGUUCGAUCUCUCUUCUCGUAGUCAGAUGCAUCAAGGGGUGUUAAUGGAGAUGGGAAUGAAGGCGAGACCGAUUACUUUGAUUUGGUAUGAGCUGAAUUUGAAGAUUACGGUAGCAGCAUCAAUUGAAUUUUGGGGUUUUUGAAAUUAAAUGUAUGAGCAACAGUCUGUUGGGUUUUGGACUCAAACUGUGGGUGUUCGAUAGCAGUCAGGAGGGAUUGUUGCUGUGGGUGGUCUUGUGUUCAGGGUGGGUUUAUGCUCAGAGGGAUGCAAGUCUGAUGCUUGAGAAAAUGCCGCUAUGAAAUCAAACAGGUAAAGCUGGUGUUGGGGUCAGGUUUAACAAGGAAGUGGAGGUACUACGGCUGGAGUUGGAUUUAGAAAUAGAUGGAAGUUUUUGACUUGGUAGCAAACAAUCAUUUGAGGUGCUGAUGUUGGUCGGAUUUAGGCAAGAUUUUGGUAAUGUUUAGAGAAUGGAAAAUAUUCACGGACUCACAAUAGAACCUGAAUUUUGGAGCUGAAAUCAUAUGGUUAGGGAGUUAGGAAAUGGAUUGACUCUAGUCAUAGCCUGAAUUUGGAAGUCAUGAUAUGUGCUUUGGUUGGGUUUCAACUGGGAUUUGUUUGGUCCAGUGUGGAGUCACCGCAACACCUUUAGAUAUCAGUUGACACAGACUCAAGAGAGGAGUCGAGUACAAGCAGUCAACAACUGAUUUCAGCUAUCUUGGGCAGAAAUACAAGGAAGAGAUUGCAACUAAUCAGGAUGAAAUCCCAAAAAAUCAGUUGGAGAUGAAAUUGGCCGAAAUCAAGGAAUGGGUCUUCUGGAAAGAUGGAUAGUGAUUGAAUCAGGUCUUUUACGCAUUGAAAGAGGGAUGAUUUGGCGCAUCAGUUGUGUAUAAAGAAGGAAGAACGAGCAACCAAGGGGGGAGUAAGAUAGCUCUAAAGACUUGGCGAUGUUAGGAGCUGCUACGGGUGCAGGGAACAAGUGUUGUUGCUUCAGUUGUAAUUAGGCUGAAAUAUUGCCGAAAUCACAGCCAUUUGGGUAACAUUGUAUCUGUUUCUUGUUUCUUUUGUGUAUGCAAUAUUCUAGGUCAGAUCAUUUUAAUCGACUGCGUAACUAUCACCGUUUAGCUAAUAGGGUAUUAGAGAAUCACCCUAGUCAUCCAAUGGCGGAUGAAGCUGAGAGAUUAGCGGCUGAGGCUGAAGCUGCUAUAUUAGCUGCUGAGGCCGCAGCCAAUGCUGAUGAACCUAGAACCCUUAGGGAUUAUUUGCAGCCGGAAAGGACUUCUACACCUUCUUGUAUAGUUCUUCCGGCUAAUGCUGGCAAUGUGUCGAUUAAGUAUGGGCAGAUACAAGCACUGCCUAAGUUUCAUGGAUUGGACUCCGAGAGUGCAUACAUACAUUUGAAAGAAUUUGAUGAGGUCUGUACUACUAUGCCUUUUGUUGCUGCGACUCAAGAUGUCGUAAAACUGAAAUUGUUUCCAUUUUCUCUAAAGGAGAAAGCUAAGACUUGUCUGCAUUCUUUGGGACCAAAUAGCAUUAGGACAUGGAAUGAAAUGACUAGAAAGUUUCUGAAAAAGUUUUUUCCAAUUCACAAAACAGUCACUCUUAGAAAAUGUAUAAUGAAUUUUUCUCAAAAGGAAAAUGAAUCGUUUUUCGAGUGUUGGGAGAGAUUUAAAGAUUUGCUUUCUAGCUGCCCUCAUCAUGGUUAUGAAAUUUGGAGAGUAAUUAACUUCUUUUAUGAUGGUUUGAAUUCAUGUAUGCGUCAGUUUGUUGAAAUGAUGUGUAAUGGGCAAUUUUUGAAUAAAUCACCUGAUGAUGCUUGGACUUACUUCGAUUCGCUAGCAGAAAACUCCCAAAAUUGGGAUACUUCAGGCACGGCGGAUAGAAAUAAGUCCAAAGCUUUAGCUAGUUCCAGGACUGGAAUGUAUGUGUUGAAUGAAGAACAUGACUUGAAUGCUAAGAUUGCUAGUUUGCAUAGGAAAGUUGAUGCGAUUCAGAAACCAAAUGUGGUUAAGGUAGUUGAUCCGGUCGAACAUGCUUGUGGUAUUUGCGAAAGUCUUGAACACUACACUAAGGAUUGUCCUACAGUUCCAGCAUUUCAGGAAGUGUUACAUGACCAAGCAAAUUCCAUGGGUACUUAUAAAAGACCAUUUAGCUCCCCAUAUUCAGAAACGUACAAUCCAAAUUGGCGAAACCAUCCUAAUUUCAGUUGGAGGAAUGGUCCUACAAUGAAUGGUGCUAAUGUUCCCCAAGGGUCUUCAUCUAGUAACCCUUAUGUGCCACUUCAUAAGAAUUCUCUUGAGGAUACUUUACAUACUUUUAUGCAGGGACAGACACAGAUAAAUCAGAAUGUUAUGAAGACUUUAGAUGAGCUGAAAACUAGCAUAGUUAGAAUUGAAUCACGUCUCAAUGUUAGGGAGAAGGGGACAUUGCCUGCCCAAACUCAACCCAACCCAAAAGGCCAAUUUGAGGUUAAAAAUUCUAACUUGGAGCAAGCUAAUGUUGUCACCACUCUUAGAAGUGGUAAGGUGAUUGAGACUCCGAUGAAGGUGGACGAACCUGAGAAGUCUCCGAAGCUUAAGAGUAGUCACAGUGAUAUUCAAAAUGAACAAUCUGAAAUUGAUAACAGGUGAAGAUCAACAUACCUCUCUUGAGUGUGAUCAAGCAAUUUCCAGCCUACGGCAAGUUCUUGACGGAUCUCUGCACGGUCAAGAGGAAGCACAAUGUGCAGAAAAAGGCAUUCCUCACGGAACAGGUAAGUUCUAUUCUUCAACAUAACACUCCUCCCAAAUAUAAAGAUCCGGGAUGCCCUACUAUUUCUUGUAUAAUAGGGGAUUUCAUGAUCAAACAAGCACUUCUGGAUUUGGGAGCUAGUGUAAAUCUCCUACCUUUCUCGGUUUAUGAGCAGUUGGGCUUAGGUGAAUUUAAACCCACCUCAGUCACUCUACAACUUGCGGACAGAUCCGUUAAAGUACCGAGAGGGGUAGUUGAGAAUGUGUUAAUUCAAAUCGAUAAAUUUUACUAUUCGGUGGAUUUUAUCGUUUUGGAUACUCAACCUGUAGCUAAUGCUAGUAAAGAAAUACCUGUCAUCUUAGGUCGUCCUUUUCUUGAAACUGCAAAUGCCUUGAUUAAUUGUCGAACUGGAAUAAUGAACCUUUCAUUUGGAAAUAUGACUGUUGAGUUGAACAUAUUUGAUGCAUGUAAAGAUCCAGGUGUAGAGAUGAUAUUCAUGAAGUUAAUAUGAUUGAAACAUGUGUGCAGGAAAAAGCAUCUCAUCUAGAAGCAAAAGUUCCUUUAGAAGCUUGUCUUCCUAAUCUGUUGGAUUUCGAUGAGGAUGGAUACAUUGAAGAAGUUAAUUCUUCACUGAAUUCAUCCCUGUUGCUGGAUAUGGAAAGUGGCAGUCUAGAUUUGAGUCAUUUCAAAUCAGUGAGUCCGAGCCAUUGUCUCCAUCCGUGGAAUUCCCAAAGCCCGACCUUAAUCCCUUUACUAGUGAACUGAAUUUUGAUGUUUUAGGCCAAAAUGAAGAUGUUCAAGUUUUCAUACCAUCUGAACUUAGUGAGAGACAUAAGACAAUGCAUUCACAUGUUGUUAGGAAGCAUAUAAGUGCCCCAGAAUGGAGUAUUGCAGACAUGAAAGGACUUGAUCCUAGUAUUUGUGCACAUAUGAAGUCACAGCUCAAUGAGUUUCAUGAAAUCAGGAAUGAGGGUGAUAUGAACUGCAAAUGUAAAAUGAAAAAGUUUCUUGAUAAGCAUGUUAUUAGGGAAAUAUUGGAACCAGUUCUUUGUUAUGAUUCUCAACUGCACCAAUUCUCAGGUAAGCUUAAGACACGAUGGAAAGACCCAUUUGUUGUCAAAAAUAAAUUCCAUGAUGGUACCGUUGAUAUUGAGAAUCCUAACAUCUGCAACAUCUUCAAGGUUAAGGUGAAUCCAGAAGUCGAUACCACGACUCUGGAGGAUCAUUCUUAUGUUUGAUUGGCAGUGUUUUGCAGAUGUCUGGAUGGAGACAUAAAAUUCAGCGCUUUAGGGAGACAACCCUUGUGUUUGUGGGUAUCACAGCUGGAAGCUCUCACGAGACAAAACUCGUCCUCCUGUGCGAGCUUGAGGUUUAAAGGCUUGUUGCAUGGGCUAAUUGCAACCGAACUGUCCUGCAACAGUGGUAAAAUAAUUUUAUUUUUCUUUCUUUUCUUUAUCAUGAAUAAUAUGUUUAUGUUUGGCUGAUUACCCCGUUCCACCUUUGAACUGUUUUUUUUUAACCACUGCCACAUUGGGGACAAUGUAGAAAUUAGGUUGGGGGUGCGGUAAAUUAUAUCCAUGCUUUUCUGAUUCUCUGCCUGCAUAUUCAGGUUUCAUUGGUUGCUUGUAAAUUUUAAUGCUUAAAAAAAAUGAAUUGAAAAUUUUACAUGAUAAGAUCAGCUGUUUAGCUGUCUUUCUACACCACUGUUUAGUGGUUUUAAUCCAGCUGUUUAGCGGAUUCGUCUAGCUGUUUAGCAGACGCCUUUAAUCCCGCUGUUUAGCGGAUUUGUCUUGCUGUUUAGCAGACAUUGCUCAAUCACUGUUUAGUGGUUCCGUCUAGCUGUUUAGCAGACGUCUCUCCAUAUCCAGUUGUGUAGCGGAUAUAAUCUUUUCUUGUUUUGCUCGGGACUAGCAAAAUGUAAGUGUGGGGGAGUUUGAUAAGCGCGUAAGUGCGACAUAUUUAUACUCACAUUUACACUAGCUAGGUCUCGAUAUUUUAGCUAAUAAUAUUGUUUUAAGCCUUUUACAGGAUUAUUUAUACCCGCCAUUUACAGGAUUACAAUUGAUAUCCAUUCAUCCGGAGAAUAAACCGGUAAAAUAGGAACUAAAUGGCGUUUGUGGCGAAAGAUAUCAAAACGGCUCAAGGCACCAGGGAAAGACUGCUCAAUUAACUGUGGCUGGAAAGCAUACGAAUUAUGGGCCACACCAUCUUGCCAUCUGAAGGCCUGGGGGUAGUCAUACAACCAAGCAUGUGGGCGACACAAGGGAGUAGAGACGGUGAAUCGUGGCAUCAUUACAACCAUAUUUUAUGGUUUCUCUUCCCAUUUCAAGAUGCAAGGUCAGUUCUUACGGAGAAAUGUUGGCAAUUGAAGACCUGAAAUAACAGCACCAAUGGCAAUUGAUGGAUCUGAAACUCUUCUUAGAAACAUCAACAAAUUUGUGGGGGUUUGGCGCCGGAUUGAGACUCAAGUUCAGUUCAGUGGACGAGAGAAGCGAAGAGAUGAGGACUGAAUAAGAUGAAGUAUAUUGUUGAGGGUACUGUUAUAUAUAAGAUGGAGUUCGAUCUCUCUUCUCGUAGUCAGAUGCAUCAAGGGGUGUUAAUGGAGAUGGGAAUGAAGACGAGACCGAUUACUUUGUUUUGGUAUGAGCUGAAUUUGAAGAUUACGGUAGCAGCAUCAAUUGAAUUUUGGGGUUUUUGAAAUUAAAUGUAUGAGCAACAGUCUGUUGGGUUUUGGACUCAAACUGUGGGUGUUCGAUAGCAGUCAGGAGGGAUUGUUGCUGUGGGUGGUCUUGUGUUCAGGGUGGGUUUAUGCUCAGAGGGAUGCAAGUCUGAUGCUUGAGAAAAUGCCGCUAUGAAAUCAAACAGGUAAAGCUGGUGUUGGGGUCAGGUUUAACAAGGAAGUGGAGGUACUACGGCUGGAGUUGGAUUUAGAAAUAGAUGGCAGUUUUUGACUUGGCAGCAAACAAUCAUUUGAGGUGCUGAUGUUGGUCGGAUUUAGGCAAGAUUUUGGUAAUGUUUAGAGAAUGGAAAAUAUUCACGGACUCACAAUAGAACCUGAAUUUGGAGCUGAAAUCAUAUGGUUAGGGAGUUAGGAAAUGGAUCGACUCUAGUCAUAGCCUGAAUUUGGAAGUCAUGGUCUGUGCUUUGAUUGGGUUUCAACUGAGAUUUGUUUGGUCCAGUGUGGAGUCACCGCAACACCUUUAGAUAUCAGUUGACGCAGACUCAAGAGAGGAGUCGAGUACAAGCAGUCAACAACUGAUUUCAGCUGUCUUGGGCAGAAAUACAAGGAAGAGAUUGCAACUAAUCAGGAUGAAAUCCCAAAAAAUCAGUUGGAGAUGAAAUUGGCCGAAAUCAAGGAAUGGGUCUUCUGGAAAGAUGGAUAGUGAUUGAAUCAGGUCUUUUAGGCAUUGAAAGAGGGAUGAUUUGGCGCAUCAGUUGUGUAUAAAGAAGGAAGAACGAGCAACCAAGGGGGUAAGCUGGAAUAUCACAAUCUGUUCUUUAGUUUUCUAAUUAGUUCAGUGUUUAGUUCUCUUGUAUGUUGGAGUUUUCUACUGAAUAUUUUUCUAUGGCUAUCUACACAACAAUGAGAAGCUAAACCCCUCUCUGCCAAGACUAGAGGGGAAGCUUAAUGUGUUCAAGUAUUCUUUACAGUGAUCAUAAAUAAAUUCCAAGUUUUAAUCCA